AUGAUCGAUGUUUUCAAAAUGGGAAGCAAAUGGAGAAAAAUGAAACUUGCUUUCGGGAUCAACAUGUGUGUUCAAGUUCCCAAAACUAUAGAGCAUUCAUCCUCGUCCCCCAACUCCGCCCCCACAGUUUCCGAUCAUGUUUCACAGUCCGGUGAGGCCUCCGGUCACCGCACAACUACUCCAACACCCUCGUCCUAUGAUAUCCGCCUCUCCAAAUCCAAAUCCAAAUCCUUCAAGGGGACAUGUGCAAUAUGCCUGAGCAUAAUGAAACCAGGGCAGGGGCAUGCAAUUUUUACUGCAGAAUGUUCUCACUCUUUCCAUUUCCAAUGCAUCACUUCUAAUGUAAAAUACGGGAAUCAGAUUUGCCCUGUCUGCAGAGCAAAAUGGAAAGAGGUUCCUUUUCAGAGUUCUGUUUCUAAUGUCUCCCGUGACAUCUCUCAAAUCAACCGAGUAACUGUUGACGAUUGGACAACUGUUGUACGGAGACUUCCUAACCCACAAGUUGGUACAGGUCGGCAGAUUUCUUCCCAUAAUAAUGUUCAUGAGCCGGCUAUCUUUGAUGAUGAUGAAGCUUUGGAUCCACAAACUUCAGCUAUCCAGGUUAAAAAUGAGGCUGAUAAUAACAUGAAAAAUACAAUGGAAAUCAAACUAUAUCCUGAAGUUUCAGCAGUUUCAAAGUUAGCCUGUCAUGAAAACUUUGCUGUCUUAAUUCAUCUCAAAGCUCCUCAUUCAGGGAGAAAACAAAAUAGUGAAAGAAACAAUACUGAAUCAUCAGCUUCAGUUCAAAAUUCUCGUGCUCCAAUUGACCUUGUCACAGUUCUCGAUGUAAGUGGUAGCAUGGCAGGUACAAAGAUUGUGUUAUUAAAACGAGCUAUGGGUUUUGUCAUACAGAAUUUGAGUUCAUUAGACCGGCUUUGUGUCAUUGCCUUCUCUUCCACAGCCCGCCGCAUCUUUCCUCUUCAGCGGAUGACUGAUGCUGGACGACAGCGGGCAUUGCAUGCCAUCAAUUCUUUGGUUCCAAAUGGUGGGACAAACAUUGCUGAAGGUUUGAGGAAAGGUGCCAAGGUGUUUAUUGAUCGUCGGUGGAAGAACCCAGUUAGCAGUAUCAUAUUUCUAUCUGAUGGGCAAGAUACAUACACAAUCAACCGUGUUGGGAUCGAUUACCGGUCACUUGUACCAAACUCCAUUCAUCGUGAUAAUGGUGAGGGUUUGCAGAUACCAGUGCAUGCAUUUGGCUUUGGUGCUGACCAUGAUGCUACUGCAAUGCACUCAAUUUCUGAGAUGUCUGGGGGUACAUUUUCUUUUAUUGAAGCUGAGGAUGUGAUUCAGGAUGCAUUUGCACAGUGUAUUGGGGGACUUUUGAGCGUGGUGGUUCAGGAAUUACAUGUAGAAGUGCAAUGUGUUCACCCUCAUCUGCAACUUAGUUCUGUAAAAGCAGGAAGUUACCAAAGUAGCUUGACUGAAAACGCAAGGAUGGCAUCUAUCAAGGUAGGAGAUAUGUAUGCUGAAGAAGAAAGAGACUUUUUGAUUACAAUCAAUGUUCCAGUUGACGAGUCUAGUGAUGAGAUGUCAUUGUUGACGGUUAGAGGUCUUUAUAAAGACCCCAUCACAAAAGAAAUGAUGGGUUUGGAAGGAACUAGUGAAGUAAAGAUUCAGAGACCUUAUGUAGCUAGAGAUCCAGUUGUCUCAUUGGAAGUAGACAAGCAGAGAAACAGGGUUCGAGCUGCUGAGGCAAUGGUUGAGGCUAGAGUUAAAGCUGAACGUGGUGAUUUGGCUGCUGCAGUUUCUGUCCUGGAGAGAUGUCAUAAGGCAUUGUCUGAAACUAUCUCUGCCCGAGCUGGUGACCGAUUAUGUGUUGUUCUUUCGGCCGAGUUAAAGGAGAUGCAGGAGAGGAUGACAAACCAACGUGUUUAUGAGCAGUCUGGAAGAGCCUAUGUUCUGUCAGGAUUGAGCUCUCAUUCAUGGCAAAGGGCAACUGCACGAGGUGAUUCCACAGACAGCACCAGCCUUGUGCAAGCAUACCAAACCCCUUCAAUGGUUGACAUGGUUAGCCGUUCCCAAAUUCUGAGGACUCCACAACCUGCAAGUACCCUCCGGUCAACUAGAUCCUUUGCUGAGAGGCAGCGAGGAAGAAAAUGAUGAAAAUUAUGUUUGGAAAAUUCUACUCAUCCUAAUACCUACA